GACGGUAGCCAGAACGCCGAAGCCAGCGCCACGCAUGCGUUUGACCGUGGUUUCAAGCGACUACAGCGUAAUAAUGCAGCCCGGAUGCAGCAAUCUUGGCGAAAUGCGUCGGAUGAUGCCGCAAACUACGACUACGUUCGGGAAGAAAUCGCCUCGCGCUUGAUUGAUCGCCUAGACGACAUUAAGCGCGACGAGGGAUUUCCGCUAGCGCUCGACGUGGGAUCCGGUCCUGGUUAUGUUUACAAAGCAAUCUGGGGCGUGGGUGGCGUCAGGAAAUUAGUUCAACUGGAUUCCGCUGGGGAAAUGUUGUACCGCGAUGCCGAUCUCCUCGUGCCCGGCAGUGAACGCUGCGAUUCUUACCGUCUGGAAUUGGACGAAGAAGCCAUUUUGCCGUUUCCGGAUGGGACUUUCGAUCUAGUUAUUAGCUCAACGUCGAUGCAUUGGGUCAAUCAAUUACCGAAACUUUUCAAAGAAAUUCGGAGGGUGUUGAAACCGGAUGGCUGCUUUAUGUUUGCCAUGAUUGGUGGUACUACGUUACCCGAGCUGCGAGCUGCAAUGGUGAUGGCAGAGAUCGAGCGCGAAGGCGGAGUCAGUCCGCACGUCGGACCAUUUGUAGAGCUUUCGGACGUGGGCGCUCUUUUACAACGUGCAGGCUUUGCGUUGCCCACAAUCGACGUGGAUUCCAUGAAGAUCGCGUUUCCCAACGCAGCCGUCCUGAUGGAGCACUUGCAACGUAUGGGGGAGAGCAAUGCUUGUAUUAAACGAAGAGAACGUAUUGGACUGGAUACGUUUUUAGCAACGGCAUGUCUCUACGACGAAAUGUUUCCUUUAGAAGGACAUGACGACGGAGGGGAGCCAGCAGUGGAGGCAUCGGUUCAAGUGAUCUACGCCAUUGGAUGGACACCUCACGUAUCUCAGCCGGCACCGCUGGAACGGGGUACUGCUACUCACAAAGUGGGCGACAUUGUUGAAAAACACCAGACAAAUCCUUAA